UUAAAUUUUCAUAUGUCUAGUUGAUUAUAAAAAUUUAAAUUUCUGUUUGCUUUAACUUACUUCACAUGUUUCUUGAUACUUUUUAAAGCAACACCAUUUAUGGUGAUUUUUCAUUAGUGGUCUGCAACUCAUCACCGGUCUAUUUUCCGGUGACUUUAGGCCAACUUUUCUGGCUUUCGUGUUCGUAAUCGUAAACCCGUGUCUCGUUUGUUCCUACAAAAGAAGUUUGAAGGUUUUAAAGUGAAACCCAAUUCAAAGUUUCAAUCUUUUUACUGUUUCAACAUGGCAUAUGCAAAUUCAAGAUCAGUCAGAUUUCAAGAUGAUGCUGGGCUAUUAAAACUUCCUCCUAUGAAAAAAGAUAAUUUGUUUAAAGUUAAAUACAAUCUUGAUGGCAAGCAAAUUCCGGAGCAAAGAAUUGAAGAAAACAGACAAUCGUUGAAAUCAAAGGUUCUAUCUCGAGUUUUCUCUGAAGAUUAUGAGAGGGAGAAAAGGAAAAUCUUGGAUCCUAGAGGGCAUACAAUUCGAAAGUGGAACCAUAUUUUCUUGAUAGCAUGUUUAAUCUCCUUGUUUGUUGACCCUUUAUUCUUUUACUUGCCAUCUGUCCGUACCGAGAACGUUUGCAUCCAUAUCGGGAUUACCCUUGAGAUCGGUCUUACUAUUGUGAGGUCAAUAGCAGAUCUUUUUUACAUGUUUCAUAUCUACGUUAGGUUUCGUACUGCCUAUGUGGCACCAUCUUCUCGUGUUUUUGGAAGAGGCGAACUUGUUAUAGACUCUUCCAAGAUUGCUAAAAAGUACAUCAGAGGAGGUCUUUGGAUUGACGUCCUUGCUGCUCUGCCUCUUCCACAGCUGCUAAUCUGGGUGAUCAUACCGAGUCUAAGUGGCUCAACCAUGGCUAACACAAAGAACGUUCUUCGGUUCAUUAUAAUCUUCCAAUACCUCCCGAGACUCUAUCUUAUAUUUCCUUUAACAUCACAAAUCGUCGGGGCUACAGGUGUUGUCACUGAAACAGCAUGGGCUGGAGCUGCUUAUAAUCUGAUGUUAUUCAUGUUAGCAAGUCAUGUUUUAGGAGCUUCUUGGUAUGUUUUAUCGAUAGAGAGACAAGAAGCCUGUUGGAGAGACCUGUGCAUUCGUGAGGAUCCAACUUGUGAGGAUAAGUUCUUUGACUGUGAAAGAUUUCAUGACAAUAACAGAAAAACUUGGUUCCAAUCAAGUAAUAUCUCAAAGCAAUGUGUCCCCACAAGUGGAUUUUACCCGUUUGGUAUCUAUGGUGAAGCUGUCACAUCGGAAGUUACAUCAGCUUUGUUCUUCAACAAGUACUUCUAUUGUCUUUGGUUUGGCUUGAAGAACCUCAGUUCUCUGGGACAGAAUCUUUCAACGACUACAUAUGUUGGAGAAAUCCUUUAUGCAAUCAUUAUAGCUACCGUGGGGCUAGUUCUCUUUGCUUUGUUGAUCGGAAAUAUGCAGACAUAUCUUCAAUCAACAACCAUCCGCUUAGAAGAAUGGAGGAUCAGGAGAACUGAUACAGAACAAUGGAUGCGUCACCGGCAACUGCCACCUGAUCUCCGGCAAGCUGUUCGUAGAUACGAUCAGUACAAAUGGGUGGCUACCCGAGGAGUUGACGAAGAAUCUCUUCUCAAAGACCUUCCUCUAGACCUUCGACGAGAUAUCAAACGGCACCUUUGCUAUGACCUAGUUCGACGAGUUCCGUUGUUUGAUCAAAUGGACGAAAGGAUGCUUGACGCGAUAUGUGAGCGCCUAAAACCAUCAUUGUGUACACAAGGCACAUGUUUGGUCAGGGAGGGUGAUCCAGUGGACGAAAUGUUAUUUAUUAUUCGUGGAAACCUUGAUUCAUACACUACAAAUGGUGGCCGAACAGGGUUUUUCAACUCGUGUAAAAUUGGUCCUGGUGACUUUUGUGGUGAGGAGCUUCUAACGUGGGCCUUAGACCCACGACCAAGUGUCGUGAUUCCCUCCUCUACUCGAACAGUAAAAGCCAUUUCUGAAGUAGAAGCUUUUGCACUCAUUGCUGAGGAUUUAAAGUUUGUUGCAUCACAGUAUAGAAGAUUGCAUAGUAAACAACUAAGGCAUAAGUUCCGGUUUUAUAGCCACCAGUGGCGUACUUGGGCAGCUUGUUUCGUGCAAGCUGCAUGGAGGAGGUAUAAACGAAGGAAAUGUGCAAGUGAACUCAGGGCUCUUGAGAGUUUUGCCAGUGUUGAUUAUGAGCCAAAUGUUAGUCCACCAAUGCACAUGGGUCAAAAGGUUGGACCCGAGCCAGGGUUUGGCGCUCAUAGCGCGAGUACAAGGAGAUCUGGGAACUUACACUCGGGGUCGAAAUCAAGUAGUGUUAGCUCCUUACAGAAACCAACUGAACCUGAUUUUUCAGUAGAAGAAUGAUUCAUUACAGAUAGAAACACUUUAUAGAUAGAGAGCAAAAUAAAAAAAAAUAAAAAAAAUUUGAGUAUAUCUCAAUACUUAACUUCAUUACAAAAAUUAUUAAAUAUCUUUUUUCUGAAACUUCAUAAAAGAGUUGACCUUUGAUGUUUGAAGAUAAAUAGAAAGUAACUUUAGGAAAGCUGUGAGAGAUGAAGUAGGUUCAAAACUUCAAAUUGUAAAUAGAUAUGAUUAUUGUACUUGUAAAUUUGGUUGACACAGCAUCUAUUUUAAUUAAUUCUGUGUUUGUGUAUUUACUAUUUUACUGUAUGGUAAAUUUUGUGUUUGGAUUUGUGUUUUAAAGUGUUGAUAAUUUUACAUGAAUAUAUAAACAUAAUCCUUUCUUCUAGUUAUCAA